GCCCCCGGCUGCCCCUGCUGCUGCAGCUGCCCGCGCCGUCGAGCGCCUCCGAGACCCCCAAAGGGAAGCAAAAGGCGCUGCUCCGGCAGAGGGAGGUGGUGGACCUGUAUAAUGGCAUGUGCUUACAAGGGCCAGCUGGGGUGCCUGGUCGAGAUGGCAACCCCGGGGCCAAUGGCAUUCCAGGUACCCCUGGGAUUCCAGGUCGGGAUGGAUUCAAAGGAGAAAAGGGGGAAUGCUUGAGGGAAAGCUUUGAGGAGUCCUGGACACCUAACUACAAGCAGUGUUCAUGGAAUUCGCUGAAUUACGGCAUAGAUCUUGGGAAAAUUGCGGAGUGCACAUUUACAAAGAUGCGUUCGAACAGUGCUCUCAGAGUUUUGUUCAGCGGAUCACUUCGGCUGAAGUGUAGAAACGCAUGCUGUCAGCGGUGGUAUUUCACAUUCAAUGGAGCUGAAUGUUCUGGACCUCUUCCCAUUGAAGCCAUAAUUUAUUUGGACCAAGGAAGCCCAGAACUGAAUUCAACAAUUAAUAUUCAUCGUACUUCUUCCGUGGAAGGACUUUGCGAAGGAAUUGGUGCCGGAUUAGUGGACGUUGCUAUCUGGGUUGGCACUUGUUCAGACUACCCAAAAGGAGAUGCUUCUACUGGAUGGAAUUCAGUGUCUCGCAUCAUUAUUGAGGAACUACCAAAAUAAAUCCUUAAUUUUCACUCCCCACCUCUUUUAUUUUUUUAUUAUACCUUUGAAUGGUUCAUUUAAAUGUUUUAAAAUAAUUUUUAUGUACACAUCUGAGAAACAAAGCUAAACAUGUUUAUAGACCAAAGUGUGAUUUUACACUGUUUUAAAUACUGGUAUUAUUUACUGUACUUCAAUCAAAAAUGGUACCAGAAUUUUUUUUUUUUUAGCGAAUUACAAUACUUUCUUCAUAUUCCCAUUUCCUGAACCUAUAAUGUGGAAUGUCAUUGUGGUCUUUAGCUUUUUUUCCAUUUUCUUAGUGUAGCAUUUUUAAAAUAUAAGACCUACCAGUCUUUGUACAAGUUGUAAAUGUUGGAAUUAUUUUAUAUCCAUUAAAUAAAAGUUAUUUCAGACAAUUUUAA